AUGUUGACCACCAAGCAAUCCGAAGGUGAUUACUUGGCAUUGCGAUGCAUGACACUAGCUGCAACGGAACACGGCGGCAUCGACCUAGUCUUCCACACAAACCUCUUCUCUGGCAAAACAAUGGAUCUAACAGUCUACCCACAAGAAACAAACAUGUCCUUCCUUGACCCCAUCAGCGGGGCCUGGGCCUCCAUAUCCGGCACAGCAAAGAUCGUCUCCGAUCCAGACACCGUCCAAAAGUACUACUCACCACAAUUGAAAGCCUGGCUCGGCGUGAUUAAGUUGGAGGCGAAGUUGGCAACGCAUGUUGCUGCUAAGGAGGGCAUUUUGGGUCGUGCGGUUGAUACCGUUAAUGGGGCUGUGAAGGGGGAGGUUCCUGCUAUCAAUAGUAUUCGGGAGUUGAGUAUGGCUGAGUUGGUUGAGUGUAAGUUUUCUUUUUCCUGGGGCUAG